CACCAUAACAUACUCCCGGGUACUGCUCACUCCCAUCUGUUUUGUAGCUAUUUACCACAGUUGCCUUAGCAUUUGUGCGAGGAGAUGAGUCCUGGACAGGUUCUGGUGCAGCUAGAAGCAUGGAUGGUUUCGGUGACAGCUUCGUUCCCCCAGCGGAGGGAACUACACUAACUACGGAGGUAGACCCUGCUGCCGAAUUCUUAGCUAGGGAACAGGACCAACUGGCUGGCUUAGGGGACGACAUUAUUCCAGCUACUCUCGGGAAUGAUCAACCAACACUAGUAGCAGGCCUUGAUGGAGAAGCUGACUUGUUUGGGGGUGCCCCCGUGAAUGGUGGCCCUGACCUGGAGAGUUUUGAGAUGCUGGGUGGAGAUGAGGUUCCCCAAGAAAAAGCUGCUCCUCCUCCUCCUCCUCCUCCUUCAGUCUUUGGUUCUGUGGACUUUGUACCUCAGCCCUCGGGGGAAGAUCCCUGGGUCUCAGCUCAAGCCCCUUGUCCAACGGACGAGUCUGUUGCUCAAGCCGUUGAGGAUACUCUUGGGUUUAAUGAGCCCCUAUCCUCCCAGCCUUUUACUGUUGGUCAAGGAGAGGGGUUCUUAUCAACAUCUGACCUAGCAGGAGCACCAGCAGGAGCACCAGCAGCUGAUGCAGUAACAGCUGAGGCCACACCAGCCGAAGCGGCAAAAGCACCCGAAGGGCAUUAUACAGGCUUUGGGGCGGAGUUUGGGGGAACAUCUGUGCCUACUGGUGAUGCUGGUACCUCUUCUGGGGCUUUCUCUUUUGUGGGUGAAUCUGCACCAGCAGCGCCCACAUCUGAACCUGACCUGGCUCGGUCUCCUAUCCCAUAUGUGCCAAGGGAGGAUCCAGAGAAAAUCAAAAUCUGGCGUGAGGCGCAAAGGAUUCGUCUGGAGCAGAAGGAUGCUGCCGAGGAAGUCAGCAAGAUUGAGCUGAAGGAGAAAGCCAAGAAGGAGCUUGAAGAUUGGUACAAGCAACAUGAAGAACAAGUUGCAAAGACACGUCAAGCCAACAGGGAGGCAUCCAAGUCUGCCGAGAAAGAGCUAGUGGCUGAUACGGCGAAGAUGGAACCAGGGACGGAAUGGGAGCGUAUAACCAAGUUGUGCAAUUUUAACCCCAAGACUUCCAAAUCAUCUAGAGACAUUUCUCGUAUGCGCUCCAUCAUCCUGCAGGUGAAGCAAAAUCCACCUAUCAAGGCUUAAAUAUUUGUAGACUGAAUAUACUUAGGUUUCUGUGCUUCAUUUAUUAAUAGUUAACAUAUAAGUAUCUGAAGAUGUAUUAUUUGCUUCCAUAAAGACUACAGUGAAUAUCAUUCAUGUAUAUUCAUCCUGGUCAUAAACAGGUUUAGUGCAUGAGUACACGAUACAAUUAACUUUGGACUAGUUUUAAUCAAUAGACUUCAUAAAAUAGUUUAGCCAUCUGUUGAACUAUACAAAAGAAACCAAUAAUAGCUCUAACCUUGGAAGUCCAUGCAAGAUGGUAAAUGUUAAUCCUGGCCUGCGUGAAAUAAAAAUGUUAGUUCGGCAAGUUUUGGAGGAAUCCAACUUUUCAUAAGUGAUGAGGGCAAUGUAUGGGGUGCAUAAUUAAUGAACUAAACUAAAACUGAUGAAGGCGAUAUAGGAGGUCGAGAGCUUGGUGAUAGUCAGCUUUGGAACUUAAAAUUGUAUGGUGCAAAAGUGUACUGGCAAGGUUUCUGCAGAGGCUUAAGUAGAUAGGCUUUUGCUUCAUACAGUACUUUAGUGUAUCAUUUAUGUUGAAGUUUCUUAAAUUUUCUGUAAAAUUCCUUGUGUACUGACUUGUAACAGGUUUUUCUCAGUAUGUCAUCUGUUUGUAUAUGAGAACAACAUUACUUUUUAAUACAUGUUCUGUAUUAACUCAUUGUGUAAAUUUAACACUUUCAAAUACCUGAGUAAUUAGGUUAUAAAACAUUUGGUUUUAUACCAAUUUAUGAUGUCUAAGAGAUUGUGUAACAUAUAUAUAUAUAUAUGUAUAAUGUGUAUUAACAAAAUAGCCAGCAUAUUCAAACAUUCCUAAUGUAUUUAAACGGUAUAUAUUAAACUAGGGAGAGUUUA